GAGAGAACAUGGUUAAUGGUAUCUUUUGCUUUUUACAAGGAAACAAAAGCCUUCCUUUCUUUAGAAAGGAAAUGGCAUAGUUGCGCAAGUAUAGGAAAAUCGUUUCUACCACAUUAUCUUGUAGAAUUAUCCCCUCCUAGAUAUUUACUGUGUAAAAAGUCCAAAGAAGUGCAGAGAAAAAGAAUUCAAUUAAUGAAGAUUUUUAUGGUAUUGGGCAUAGAAAAGAUGGAUGCUGUAGAAGAUAUGUGAGAAAGAUCUAUUUGCGCUCAAUCUCCUGUAUGCUAUUGCCUGUUGAUUAGCAGGCCAUGUUGGAGAUUAUUAUUCUGUUCAUCGUGUGACCGUACUAAUCUUUCAAAAUGCUCAUCAAUCUGCCAUCUCGUCCUUCAGACUGCAGCAGGUAUCUGGGUGAGUUUCUUCACUAUACAAUAAUGACACAACUAGGCCCUAUGAUGAUUGUUGUUGUGGAUUUUUUUUCAAAAAAAAAUCAUGAGAUUUGCAUAAACAAUUUUUUUUAAAACUAAGGUUUUUGUAUUAAAUGUAUUAUUUGUACGAUUGCACAUUGCAAAGCAGAUGUUGCCUGUAAAAUUGUGUGGAGAUCUCUCGACCAUUACCGUGCUGAAUUAAGUCCCCAACAGGUUUUUUUGAUUUAUUUAUGUUUUUUCAUCUUUUUAUAUUUUGGCCUUCUUUGAACAUUUAAAUUAGAAAUUUCAUCACAAUCAGUUGCUACAUGAGCUGUCUGUUCUAAUUAGUAGUUAAGAGGUGUAUAAAUUAGUAGAAUCACUGCUUAGUUUAGUAAAAUUUGUCAUUUUAAUUAAUAAAAUUCAACUCCUGUUUCAAAAUGGUCCAUGGUUAAAGAGGAUCUCUGUUCUUUUAACUAUGCUGUCGUAGCGGAUUGGUGGAAGUUUUUCUCCUCCCAGUGCGCAGACGGCUAAGAAAGCCACCAUUUCAUGCUCCACUCCGCUUCCACGUCUUUCCAACGAUGCUGUGUCAAAAGUGUCACUGUUUUGAGUGCUAUGAGAGAAAAGAAUCACACAACUUUUCUCACAGAACCAUUGCACUUUCGUUUUUGACUUAUAUCUAGAUUUUAUAUCACCUAAUCCAUGGAACCCGUCAUUCACCCACCGUAAACGCACUUUUUCCUUGAUCACUCCUCUCACCUGCCAACCUUCACCUCCCCUUUAAAAAGCUUGCCGCCAAAGCAACCAGAAAGACAAAAAAUUUAUGAACUUUGCCCGGCCAACCUCUCUCCUCUCUCUUUUCAUCCACCAGCAUCUCUCCAGAUGGGGUUGAAGAAAUGGCUUCGUGCGUAGGCAUACUCCCACAGCAAAGCAGAAACUUCUACAUUGCUCCCUCGAAAGAACAAAACAAUGGUAGAGAGCUAUGGAGGUCGAACUAGGGGUGCAAAUAACUAGACCAGUUGGAGACCUCACCUUUGCGUCCACGGAAACUGACGCCGUAUUCGUCCUCUUCGCCCAUCUCCCAGGAUUUAUAAAAGAUGAGAUUGAGGUGGAGUUAAACGAAGCCGGAACAGAAAUUAGCAUCAGCAGCAGAGGAGAAACAGGAGAGAGGUCCUUCAUAGAAGCUGAGAUCUCAGGGAGAUUAAAGAUUUCCCAUGAGGAAUCACUGGAAGGGUUCAGGAAGGCGUUUCCGAUCCCAAAUAAUGUCGUCCUAGGUCGGAUUGAAGUGGGGUUUGAGGAAGAGGAGGGCAUUCUCAUUGUUCUGUUGCCCAAAUCAACAAGAGAAGAGGAGCCUUCAAGAGUUGAGAUAGAAGAAAUCAGUGAAGAAAACAUCAGAGAAGAAGAAGAAGAAGAAGAAGAGAGGACUUGGAUGACAGUAGAAUUGGAAGAGACCAUUCCUGACUACAAUAAAGAGAAAGCACAAGAACAGAAGAAUUUGGGUGAAGUAGAGCCAAAGAAAAGUACAGAGAAAUUAGAUGGCAAGCCUGAUGGAAAGCCUGAAGCAGGCCCCCGAGAAGCGACAACCAAAAUAGCAAUUGAAGAUAAAGAAGACAGGGAAUCUGAAUUAAUUAUAGAGGAAUUGGAUUUCCCGAUUACGCCUUCCAUAUCAGAGGAGCCAAUCGCAUUCAAAUCUGAAGAAGAAGAAGAAGAGGAGGAGGAAGAAAAUACUUUAGAGGAAGAAGCACCAGAACAAAUGAAUCUAGAUGAACUAGAACUGAGUAAAAGUUCCAAGCCACUAGAGAGUGAGCCCGAAGGAGAAACUGAACCAGAGUCCAAAGAAAUAGCAAUCAGAACACGAACUGAUGAUAAAGAAAUAGAAACUGAACUUAUUAGAGAGGAACCGGAUUUUACUAUGACACCUCCCCCUCUAGAGAAGCCAAUCGUAUCUGAAGCUUUUGAAGCAGAAGAAGAAGAAGAA